AUGCCAGUUGCCUCUCGUCGUUAUGCCAGUCUCCUCUCUUAUGCCGGUUACCUCGUUACUAUGCCGGUUACCUCUCGUUACUAUGCCGGUUUCCUCUCGUCAUUAUGCCUGUUUCCUCUCGUCAUUAUGCCUGUCUCCUCUCGUAGUUAUACCGGUUACCUCUCAUUACCAUGCCAGUUUCCUCUCGUAGUUAUGCCUGUCUCCUCUAGUCGAUAUGCCAGUUGCCUCUCGUAG